CUAUUUUGGGGCUGACCGUUGUCAAAGACGGAGGCAAGGGAACUGCGACACGAGCAACAAGAUCCAGGAAUCAGAGGGCAGGUUCGGUUCCUUUGUCGGGCGGCUCCCUUCUCCACAGCGAUGUCGUCACAGCUGGAAAGCGCCAUGGAAGGCCUCAUCACCGUCUUCCACAACUACUCGGGCAAGGAGGGCGACAAGUUCAAGCUGAGCAAGAAGGAGCUGAAGGAGCUGAUGCAGAACGAGCUCAGCAGUUUCUUGGAGAACCCGAAGGAUGCAAGCGUCGUGGACGGCAUCAUGCACGACUUGGACGAGAAUGGCGACGGGGAGGUGGACUUCCCAGAGUUCGUGACCCUGGUGGCCGCCCUGACCGUGGCUUGCAACGAAUUCUUCUGCGAGGACGUAUGAGGCAUCUGAAGAAGGCCCGACCCGGGAGCUGCUGCGUGGCAGAGGCCCGGUCGCACCCUGCCAUCUCCCGCCCAGGCCGCCUGCUGUGUCCCGCAACUUCCCCCUACCGUUCAGCAUCAAGCGUGCGCCUCGAGGUUCCCAAUAAUCAACCAUUGUGAUGGGCCCUGCUUAUUAAAGCCAUUUCA